UUGUGUUUAUAUUUUUUUAAUUCUUUUAGAGGGAAACUGAACUGAACCAUACCCAAAGUGCUGGACCAAAGAGAAAUAAUGUAUGCUUUUGUGAGGUUUUUGGAGGACGACACGUGCUGCGCGUUACCCGUUGCGAAUGUGAGAGAUUUGAGACCAGUGCACAAAAGAGAUUUUGAUGAGCAGAAGGUGUAUGUGGUGCUCCGAGCUGAGGAGAAUGGUACAGGCCAGCCGGCCAAGGCGCACGUUCUCGCUCUGGCAGAAAGCAUCGAGGAACUGGACAACAGUAUUAUGCAAAAGAAGAUGAAAAUUCCUAAAAUGACAACCAGGAAUGCGGGACAUGUCCUCGAGAAUCACUUUGGCGACGAGAGAAUGCCACUCCGACAUAAAAAGGUGCAGUGUCAGGAACAUCAGCGGGCCUCCAAAAGCCUUGCAGCUGUAGUGGCACGUCUGGAAAGAAACGCAGUGAGCUCAUGCACUGAGGGUGAGGAGCUUCGUGAGGAAGAGGAGCCGGAGGAGGAAGAAGCUGUGGUGCCCCGUGUCCUUUAUGAGGAGCUGGUGCACAGCUACAGGCAGCAGGAGGAGGAGGUCCGGCGGCUGCAGCAAGAGCUGGACCGAACACGUAGACAGCUGCUGCAGCAGGCGAAGAAGCUCAAGGAGCACAGUAGCCUGCUGACAGAGGUCAAGGAACUGCGGGACUUCAACCGCCGCCUGCAGGACGUGCUGCUCAUGAGGCUGGGUAGCGAGCCAAUGCACGAUAACGGCACUCAGACAAUCAAACCUGAGGUGGUGGAACCAAUACCUGAACCACAGGAAAUGUGCAGAGAGGAGGCCAACACUAGCUCCACCCACUCCCCUUCCCCGAGGACCGUCUACACCUUCAGUGAUGGAAAAGUACACCUGGGUGGUGGUAUUUGGGUAGAGGAGGAGAAGUGGCAUCAGCUGCAGCGUACACAGGGUGACUCCAAAUUCACCAAAAACCUGGCUGUAAUGAUCUGGGGCACAGAGACGCUGAAAAACCGCAGUGUCACCGGUGUUGCGACAAAGAAGAAAAAGGACGCUCUGCCUAAGCCACCUCUCUCACCAAGCAAACUCAAAAUCGUACGAGAGUGUCUGUAUGACCGUGUGUCUCAGGAAACAGCCGACAGUGCUGAGAUCACUCAGCGACUAUCCAAAGUGAACAAAUACAUCUGUGAAAAGAUAAUGGAUAUUAACAAAUCCAUCAAGAACGAGGAGAGGAGGGAGUCCAAGCUCCUCAUCCGGCAGACGGUAAAGAUGGAGAACUUGUAUGACGGCAUGUAGGACCUGCAAUGUUCACGUCUUAGACUGCUGCUGCGAAAAAGAGGUUAUACGUGAUCACCUGCGCUGCCAUUUUGGAUUUUCACUGAAGCCUACAGCGAGGCCUUUGUUUCUUUAAAAAUAAAAAAGGAGAUAGAAAGUAAACAGUUUGUUACCCCAUAACACCUCAGAGGCCGUAAGACAGCUUUACUCACAAUCCACAUAGCCUACCAUGAAAUGAAUGAAGUGUGUUGGUUUAUGUGCUGUGACUAAACGGUGGCUUUGGUUAAACUGAGGAUUAUAAGGUUGAAUUGUAGAAUAUUGAGGUUAGGGGUAUAUGGAUAUCAAUCAGUCAUUGUUUUUGGAAAGGAGAGAUCCUUUAAAUCACGGUAGAUAAUAAUGUGUAAGGCACAUCAGCUUGUGUUCUGUGUCAGAACAUGUCCUAAUGUCUAAGUCAGGAAUAAAGACUUUUCUUAAAGAGAAUUGUUUUGUUUUAACGAAAAAAUUGUUAUUUAAACCAUGAAUGCUGUGGUUGAGUAUGGAAACUUAGAGAACGUUGCUCUCCUCGUGUGUCUGUUGUUGAUGUGAGAGACGUUUAAAAAAAAAAAAUGCACCUUUGAACAGGGUUUGCUCCUGCAGUGUCUUAUAAAUGGAAAAAAAAUCAGUUGAUUAAUUGAUCCCUCAAUGGUUAGAACCAUUAUAAUCGGUUUCUUCUUGUUCUCGAUAUAUAUUGCGUAGUUGUAAGUUCAGCGGUUUCCUUCAGUCAGAUUCCAUGACGGUGCUAAUGACACGGUGUGUUUUCAGACGGUCCCUUUGUUUGUUUCUCAGCAGAGCAGUCACUGAGGUUCGAGGUUACAUUUCUAAAUUCACAUUUAACGUAAAUAUGUUUACAUAUCAGCAAACUUGCUGAGUGUCGUCUCUUUUUGUUUUUUGUUGUUGUUGUUUUUAACAUGAUGUAUCUGAACCUUUCACAAAUAAAUGGAUGCAGCAUCUUAUGUAACUGUGAUUUCAAGUUCCACAGGGGAUUAUAGAGUUUAUUGAUGAUGUAUUUGUUGUUUAGAUCCAUUAAUAUAGUUAGGUUGAGGAGCUGGGCAGGGAUUUUACACUUUUGAUAUGGCAAUCACUUGGAACUAUCGUGUGUUUUUAUAGCAAGCUGUGAUUGUAAUAUGAGCCGAUUUUGCUUAACCUGAACUUUGGUGGUGUGUGUGAGUGUGGUAAAAUGGCAGAAUCGUGUUGGUGGAUGUGGGUAAAGCUGUCAACAGUGCUUGGUGUUACACUUGUUGUUUUUUUUAUUUUUGUGCAUGUUUUUCUUCUUCACCAAAACCACCAAACUGCACCCCAGAGGAUGACUGGGUCCUCUGAACCCCCCGCCCCUCUCCCAGAGGAGAAAUUAAAGGGGGUGAUUUUUAAAGUGACAACUUCCAGUGAAUCAUAACCCCCUUUUUGUUCCCCCGUUCAUUCAUUUCUCAUAUCUUUUUGCAUUUCACAGAAUGGUUCAUGUGGCUGUGCAUUCAAAAGGCCUCCUUGCCGCGGGUUUGAGUUCUUAACUGUGAUGGCAUACUGCUAACUGUGAAUCAACCUCGAAUCUGCCUCUCAGCCCUUUUUGUCUCAUCACUUUUUCAGUCCAGUCGCUCUUAUCAAAUACAUGUACAUAAUUUUAGUUAAUGGAUUUUUCUAGGGGAGAGAUUUUAUUGUAUAUUUGGACAUAUUCAGAUCUUAAUGAUCUAUAUACAGGCUGCACCUUAUUCUGCUUAGUCUUCUCAUUUGAAACAAGUAAUCAUCACAUAUCCAUAUGAUUCCAUCCUUUUCCCCCUCCAUGCCUGUUCAUGCCUAGUUUUUUACUUUUCUUUCUAGUCUUCGCUUUGCUUGUCACAAAUGCAUUAUCUCUUAAUGGAACGCUGUCAAAGAAGCAAACUCUAUUUAAAUUAUAAUAGCUAAUUUAGCCGCGUCAAUUACCACAGUGCUCCUACUAGCACGUCACCGUGAGCCAUUUGUAAAGGAGCAUCAUUUCACUUUUAGUUCUGUUUUCUGGAAGUGUGAUCAUAAUUGAAACAGAUGUAGUCACCAUAUACGACAGCACUUUAAUCGUAAGAAAGGCCAUGUCAUAAUGAUGGGCGAAUAUAAAACUUAAUGGUAAUAUUAAGAGGGUUUUUUUCCUCCCUAAAAGGCGAAUCAGAAAACUUAGCACUUUUUUUCCCAACUCCAAAGUUGAAAUACAUCCCAUUUAUGCUUCAUAGCUAGGUCUGUGUAAGAAAAUUUUACUUUCAUUGUAACUUACCUCUAAUAUGUUGGUGUAAUAAUGACAGACUAGACAGUUAUUGUAUAGUUUAUGGUUUUCUGUGAACUUUUUCUCUAAGUGUCAUGUGCUUAUGUGCUAUAUACCGCCCCACUAACUGAAAAAAAAAAAUAUAUAUAUAUAUAUAUAUAUAAAUAUAUGCUAUAUAUAAUAGUGGAUCUGUGGGUACACUGGAAAACACCAGCUUUAAUUCAGGCUGGCGUUGAAUGAUAGCCAAAAGAAACUGACAAUCCUCAUGGUCAUCCUUUUCAUAUUGAGAUUUGUCAGCUGUAACGUUGCCUUGAACAGCAGUAAUUCCUCUUCGAUAGCCGCUCUCUCCAGGUGACCAGCUUUCACAUGCAAUAUGGCCGAUAAACGUGACGUCCCUUCAGUUGUGAACCCUAGCAGGGAAAAUUGUGACUGUGAAUUGUAAAAAAUGUGCUAUAUAUUGCCAUGAGAAACUGUAUUCAUAAGAUGUUUAAUAGUUCCAAAAGCAAACCGGUACACCUCUCUGAGAUAACGGUCCUUUGGUCCGCACUAGUGAACUUCACCCGUCGUCGUGUUCGUGUCCAUGCUUUAGAGUGACAUCACUGCGGUGCUUAAGCUUUGAGCUCCUUAGCUCCAUAAAGGUCCAAAACAAUUUGGAUGCCAAGAAGAGCAGUAUAAAGUGACUAUGUGGAACUAAUACUUUGGGAAAUGUUUUCUUUUGAUGUAUCUUUUUAUCUUCUUUUUAUUUUAUUUUAUUUUUUUAGAGUUUUUAUGCUAUAUGUGAAUGUGUGUAGGUGUUGGGUAACCUAAAGCUCCCCAGGUGGUGGAUUUAAUAUAAGCCAAAGUGGAAUAGUGAUCGUUCAGCUUGAUAUGAACUUGCACACAGUAGGCCCAUGCCAAGGUCCAGAGUCAUCCAAGCUUUAAAAAAAAAAAAAAGAAAAGGAAGAGGCUAAAUAUACUUUUUGUUCAAAAGAAAUCUUUCAGUAUAUUAGGUUUUGUUUUACUCAAGAUUUUAUUUAGCGUAUUUUAGUGCUGUUAUGCUUAAUUUCAUAUUAGAAGUGCAUUAAGCUUUCAGUGGUGCGUAUUGUUCUUUCAAGCUUUUUUUUUUUUUCUUUCAUUUAAUCAUUUAUAGUUUUUUGCUAUGAUUUUGGUUGUGAUGCCAAAAAAUGGAAACAGGGAAAAUGGUUUAAAAUAUAGAGAGCCGGGGGGGGAAAGAGAGAGAAAGAGAUUAAUCUAUGUAUGUAGAGUAGUAAGGAUUUGGCCUCCAUUUUAAAGUCACAUACACAGAUAAUGAGUGAAAUGCUGAGGACCCAUCAAACAUAGACAAAGCUGCCCAGUCCUCCACUCAAGCUCUUCCUGCCAGCACCAUGUCACAACUUCCUAUUCAGUCUAAUCCUAGCAGGUUACAGGUCUCAGCCAAUGCCGCCGUUAUUCAGGGCCAAGCUCAGAGCAGUUCAUUUGCAGCUCAGCUUUACCAUGUUUUAACAAAAAAGAAAGUAUUUUUAUAAAAUCAGGAACAAGGAGAUUUGUGGCAGUAAUGAAAUGUGUACUAUCUGAAUCCUACCUCAUGGCUUAUCAUGUCACUUUAGUUGUGUGCUCCAUUCAUAGCACCUCACUCGACACGGGCACAGAUUUGUAAAUAAAACGAUCUGUAUUGUAGAUUUUUAAACUCGUAUAGCUGAUUUUGCUUUUUUUUAAUGGUAUAUAUUCAAUAUGGACCUCCUUUAAGUCUGCCUGGUUUGUAUAGGAGCGAGUCUUUUCCUUUCUGAUUCUGUAGUGCUGUCGGUGUCCUUUGUCUUGUAAUUCUAUGAUGUCGUUGUUAUUUUCCUUUCUGCGUGUUUUGUAUAUAUAUUUUUUUUCUCUCUGGUUGAUGGUGCUAACAGCACACGUGUCAUUUACCUCAGAUGGUGCUACUUUUUUACUGUGGUGGAUGUCAGUCAGUGUCACAUGAUCAAAAACCAGUAGUUUUCUUUUUAUUUGAUAUCAAACAAGAUCAGGACAGAUGCGUCCUGCUAAUCACACCAGACACGCCGUAACGUUUUUAGUUAGAAAAGGUUUGUUCAACAGGAGUAAAUGGAUCACUGUUUAACAGUGUGUGUGUGUAGUUUCAUUAAAAGCGAAAUAAAAUGCUGUAGGGAGCUAAGUAAUCCCUGCAGUCGAUCUACCAGAAAGGUACUGGGCAGUGUACCACGGUCCUCAGCAAUGAACUUAUCCAGCUCCACUGUAGUUACCAUAAAAAAACUGCAAGAAAUUAUAUAUUUAGAAAAUAUUUUAGAUAUUGUAAUACAGUACAGUGUAUUUUAAAAGUUUAUAUAACUUGCCAAAGUGUUUUUUCUCCCAAAGACAGUUUAUCUGCAACAUCUGUUAAAAUAAUCAAAUAUUUGAUGGCAAAAUUAUCAAAUUAUUAAAUCUCUAUGAAUAAAACUGCUAGAUUUUUGUAAAUGUUCUUUUUAUUACCUGCCUUUUUUUUCUAUCUCUUUAAAAAUUAUUAUUUCUUCCUUUACAUUUAUUUAUGAGGAUUUAUUUUUGUUUUUUUCCUCGCCAUUGUUUAAAUUUGUUGGUUUUACAUAUCGGUGGUAUGACUGAAAUGUGUCCUGAACAACCUCAGAACUAGAAUACACUCAUUAUCUGGAAUCAGCUGUGUUGCAUUUAAAUCUGUCCUUUCAUUUCAUCUUUCAUGUUCUUUGUUCUUGCUGCUGAAUAAUAUCUAGAAAUCUAUGUAUAUGUACUUACCUAUAUUUUUCAGAAUCAAUAGAGAAUGUCUUCUAAAUACAACUGUGAAAACCCUUUCUUUGAGUGGCAGGUGUUGUGGGUGUGGUGAUUUUUACACACACUGUGCUUUUGUCUGGAUCAUCUCUUUAGAUGGAGAAGCGCACAUGCUCGAUGUUUUAACCUUUGGGUUAAAGUUCCUGUAAAAAUCCAGACGAGGGCUGGCAGGUCUGCCUGGUUUCUUGAACCUAGACUGAAGUUCGGUUCCUGCUUUUUUACAACACGCACGUAGUUUUGGCAAAGAAUCUGUGUAAAAGUUUGGUCUGUAACAGUAGGCUACAGUUGGGUGUAGUAAACCAGGCAGUCCUGUUUAGCUUCCUGCUGGGUUUGCAGAGAAGACCUGAAAAGCGAAGCAUUUUCUCACUGACCGCUCUCACUCCUCUCUGGUGCGCAGCUGCUAUAGUUGGCCAGCAUCAGUUUAUUGUGUAUGUGCUGCAGUCCAAGUACUCUUGUUCUAUGUACAGAUCAACAAAAUAAAUUCAGACUUUUAUUCUACAA